GUAGACAUUUUUACAACAUAAUGGCUGAACCGAAAAGCGAGGGGAGUUCGGUUCGUUACUUCUGCACCGCCGGUAACGGGAUGGAGCCGUUUUUAAUGGACGAGGUGAAGAAGAAGCUGGCGGCUGAACAUGUGUGUCAGAUGCCUGGUAAAGUGUUGUUCAGCUCCUCUGCAAGGAUCGACAAAGUCAGUGACCUGAAGGCUGCAGAGAGACUCUUCCUUCUGUUGAAAGACGACUCACCCUUGAAGAUAUCUGCACACACCAGCCCAGCAAAGGCAGCCUCUGUGCUGCAGUCCAGACUGCUGGGUGACAGACAUCAGUGGAGCAGUGCUGUAAUGACAUGGAGCCGCCUGCAGGGGGAGCUGGCGGGCAGCAGGACUACUGUAAAAACACCAAAACCUGAGGAGGGGAGAGGGAGUGAGGAACAGGGAGAGAAAGGGCAGAACUGCCUCGUAGAGUGUAGAAAAAGUCCAGAGGAGCAGAGGGAAGAGGAGAAUGUAAAUGGGAGGCCGAGAAGUGGUGAACAAAAUGGAACACAGACACUGGAAAAGAAGAGAAAGAGGGACCAUGAAGAAGAAGAAGAGGAGGAGGUGAAGGAGAGGAAGGUUGCAGCUAGUGUUGAGAAUAAAGUAGAGAAAGGGAAGUCAUCUGAGAGACAGAGGAGGAGAGAGGAGGAAGCAGAGACAGGGAUGGAUACGGAGUUUAGCAGCUGUAGAAAAAACGGUAAACAUGAAACAGACGUCAGUGGCAGAGAAUCGGUUUGUGAUCAGCAAACAGCAGGACUGGAGCAGGAUGAGGAAAGUAGCAGCAGGAUGGUGGAUGACAAACCAACAGAAAGUGUGCAGAAUGUGAAGACCACAGAAGACAGAGAUGAGAAGCCACUGAGCGCCAGCAGGAACAAACCAGAGCUGCCUUCUUGUGUCCCGGUUUCUUUUAGGAUUAGCUGCAAAUGUACCGGAUCUCUGUCCCGGUGCUUCAGCGCACAGGAGGUGAGCACCGUGAUUGGAGCAGGUCUGAGCAGACUCCUGGGCUGGAAGGUUGACCUGAAGAAUCCCCAGCUGGAGGUUAAUGUCUAUUUGAGUGAUGACCACUGCCUGCUGGGGAUUCCACUGACCAGGUUACCUCUGGCUAAGAGGAGCUACAUUAAAACCACAGGACUGAGGUCUACCAUAGCCUGGGCUAUGACCUCACUGGCUCACAUUCAGCCAGGCUUCCGUGUGAUCGACCCCAUGUGUGGGGUGGGAACCGUCUUAAUAGAAGCGGCACGAGAACACGAGGCUGCCUGCUUCCUGGGGACGGACGUCGAUGAUGGACAGCUGCAGAGGGCCAAUGAGAACAUAGCGUUUGCAGAAAUGGGAAACAGGAUACACCUGCUGAAAGCUUCAUCUAUGGCGCUGCCUCUGCCCGACGCCAGUGUAGACGCUGUGAUCUGUGACCUGCCAUUUGGCAGGAAGUUUGGCACCAAAACAAACAUGGCUGCCAGUCUGCCACUCAUCCUCAGUGAGAUGGAGAGAGUCCUCUGUAUCGGUGGUAUCCUGGUUCUCCUCCUGAGUCCUCAGUUGUCCUGUCUCCUGAAAAAACUUCUGACUGGACCGACGUCUAACCAGGAAGCAAAGCCUCCAGCUGGGAUGGAACGCAGCCCGUCUCCUUCUGUAUCUCCCACAAAGCAGCAGACUUUCCAAAUCCACCCGGAGGUCAAAUCCUCACCUCACCACAGUCUGCUGCCCUCGUUGUCCUCCCUGAAGCAUGAAGCAACUUUCAGAGUCAGUUUAGGAGCAAUAGAUGGACUCAUCCAUAAAUAUGUCAAAACAGGCUCCUGAUCAGUGAUACUAGAAGCUACAGUUCAGAGUAAUUAGUUUGUUUGUGUUGCUUAUUGUGGAAAAUGUGACGAGUCUGUAACAUGUUUAGGUUUGCAGACAUUUCUUAAAUCGAAGAGUAUGUAAAUAAAUAUAUAUUUCUAAAUAACUGCC